AUGGCCGUCACAGCGCACAGCCUUCUUCUUUUGCAACAGUUGAAUGUUCAGCGGGAGUUUGGUUUCUUGUGCGACUGCACCGUCGCCAUCGGCAACGUGUUCUUCAAAGCUCACCGAGCCGUGCUCGCUGCCUUCUCCAACUACUUCAAGAUGAUUUUCAUUCACCAGUCCAGUGAGUGCAUUAAGAUCCAGCCGGCAGACAUCCAGCCGGACGUCUUCUCCUUCCUCCUCCACGUCAUGUACACUGGGAUGAGUCCCAAACAGAGCGUGGACCAGAGCCGGCUUCAGGAUGGGAUCCGCUUCCUGCAUGCCUACCAGCUGUGGCCCCGCCCCCAUGACUCCGCCUACUCAGAAGACCAUACCCACAACCAGGACUCCGCCCACCCUGAUGAUCACGCCCACAACCAAGACUCUGCCCAUCCAAGCACCAGCUCCUCUGACGACCUGAGGCAGUCCAACCUGUACGGCAUCCAGAUCUCCUCCCAAAUCUCCGGGAACAAGGAGAGCUGUUCGUCGGCCUCCAGGGGGCGCUCUCAGGCCCAGGCUCCGCCCCUGUGUGAGGAGGAGGAGCGGCCUCUGUGCUCCGUGGCAUCAGGAGUAGAACCCAACAUCAAAGAGGAACCAGAAGAGCUAGAUUCAGGCUGCCUGCAGGAGGCGCUACGACAGAGCCAAGCUUUAGCCAAUCAGCUCGCAGCUCAGCUCCGCCGCAGCCGUGAGGGGGAGGGGCUCUGCUACCCCCCAGACGGUGAGGAGCGGAUAAGCCCUGCCCCCUCCAUGAGGAAGAGGAAGAUUGCUUGCGCCGUCUGCAGUCUGCGCUUCAGCCACAAGAGUGCACUGCAGGAGCACAUGUACAUCCACACCGGCAAGCCUCGCCACCAUGCACGCACAGGCCACGCCCACACCAGCACAGGCCACGCCCACACCAGCACAGGCCCUGUUCACAUGGAUUCGGGGGGCGGGGCUUCUAACGGCAGCUCAUACUCGCUGGACUCGGAGGCGUCGCAGGAGAGUGCGGUCGAUGCCCCCUAG